CGCUGCUCGGUGUCUCUCUGCUCGCGCUCGGACAUCAUUUUUAACCCCCUGAUCGACUGGAGACGGGGUUUUCUUAACGGCUGCAAGAAUGUGACGCCUUUAUGUUUUCGUUUUUUUUUCUUUUUCACCUCCGUAAAUGACCGAGCAGACGAUCUUGAUUGAUCCAGAUUUUUGUUAUCACUAUUUCGUUCAUCAUCUGUCCCCCCUCAGUGCGGAAUACACCUGGACUGGUCUCGGCGUUGCCGUCCGGGGUGAGGAGGAGAUUUCAGGGUUGUUGUUUUUUUUUUCACCCGGAGUGGGAAAUAAUAUGUCCAGGCGAAAACAGACCAACCCCUUCAAAGUUAACUGGCCAUUCCACACUUCAGGCAUCACAGGACUUCAGCACACUAUUAACAUGGAUGGCAGGGAUGAAUUCACCGAAGACAGUGAAUGCUGCAGCAACAACUCGCAGGAAGUCCAAGGGCAGGAUAGCAUCUCAGAAGACAGCGAUAGUGACCUUGACAACCACGGUGAAGACUCGUCCUCCAACACCUCCGCUGACGACCACAUGACCACCAAGAGAACACAGUGCCGCCUACAAGGAGCGGGAGUCAAAGAGGAGAACGAGGAAGGGGCAGACCACAUCAACAACUUUGUUUGUCCUCUCUGCACGCUGGAUUUCAGCAGCCCUGAGAAGCUCAUCUCCCAUGUCUACCAGCACACGACUAUGAUGAGCAACACCAAGAGCUAUGUGUGCCCAGUGUGUGGGCGAGCCCUGAGUUCGCCUGGCUCACUUGGACGGCAUCUUCUAAUCCACUCCGAGGACCGCCUCUCCAACUGCGCUGUCUGUGGCACACGCUUCACAGACACCAACAACUUUAACAGGGAGAAGCUUAAAGAGGUCCUCGACACAACCAGGAUGGAUGUCACUGGUGGAAGGGACGUCUGUUCCAUGUCCCACUCUCUCUCCAGCAGCCCCAUGGACAGCCCAGGUCCCGGCACUCGCUCCUGCCACGGACCAGGCCCCAGCCCGAGUUCAUGUCAGGGUCCACGCUCAUGUCAAGCACCAGACUCCAGCCCCACCUUAUGUCAGACCCAUCGUAUCUGCCAAGGGCCGGGGCACAUCCCGAGCCAGUGUCAAGGCCCCAGACCAUGUCACGGUCCUGGCUCGGGAUCUGGACCAUGCUCAGGCCCAGGACCAUGCACGGGCUCUGACCAAGGACCCUCCUUUCCCUCACUACCGGACAGUCUCCUCUCUGAAGGGCCAUCACUCGCAUCUAUUCCUGAUGCUCUUAACUCCUCCUCCUCAGGCCUUCCUCCUAUCCCUGACAUCCUGAGUCCUAUGCCGGUGUAUCCUGCCGGGGUCCUGCUGGUGUGCAACAGCUGCAUGGCCUAUCAGCAGUUAGUGGAGGCCCAGGCUCCGAUGCGAAAAUGGGCUCUGCGUAGGAAGAACGAACCCUUGGAGGCUCGCCUGCAGCGUCUAGAGCGCGAGCGCACAGCAAAGAAGAACAAGCGGGCGUGUGAGACGGAAGAGGAGAGGGAACUGAGGAGGCUGCGGGACCGUGAGGCCAAACGCAUGCAGCGGAUGCAGGAAACGGAGGAGCAGAGAGCACGCAGGCUGCAGAGAGACAGGGAGGCCAUGCGUUUAAAGAGGGCCAACGAGACGCCCGAGAAGAGGCAGGCCAGGUUGAUCCGCGAGAGGGAGGCAAAGAGGAUCAAGCGACGGCUGGAGAAGAUCGACCCGGCUUUGAGGACACAGAUAGAGCACGAUCCUGCUGCGAUGGCUGCCCUCACAGCAGAUAUGAGUCUCUUUCAGUUCCCCUGCCCUAUGCCUGUCCCUUCCAUUGAUAAUGGUCUGUUCAUGAAGCUGCCCUAAUUGGACCAGGCCACCGGGAAAGGGGGACGGGGGAGGGCGGUAGGCGUCAAACUGGCUUGUACACGGCAUCAUUAACUCAUUAACCUCUGCACUCCGCCAUCAGGCUGCCAUGGUCACAUCAAACCAUUCCUAGCUGGUUUACUCCCAGCGAACAGCUUCACACACAAACUGCUUUGUUAAAUACAACAAAAACUACAUCAGUUUCUAAUUUAUUACAGUCUAGAAAACCUUGGGAACAGAGUUGAGAAUGUUUCGUAUUGUAUGGAUGAUGACGUAAAAGCAUGUUGUAAAGAGAUUUAUCUGUUUGUCAGUGGACUAGCAGGUUUAACACAGUUCAUUCUGGUAGGAGCAGUUAUACUUCCUUUGAGGAAAGAAAAUCUUUUGCACAUGGACCUUCAGUGACGGGAGCGGGGGGACUUUGUAGCCACAGCCCCCCUCCUCGCUGGUCCACUCCGCCAGCCCAGUGACUCGGGUUUACCGGUAGCUACACCUCUCUCUCUUCAAGCUGCCACCGUGGGUCCCUGGGAAAGUUCAUAUUCAGUCAAACUACUACCUCAGCUGGCGCCGUGGUUGCGCCCUCUGUCCUGUGGCUUACUGCGUUCCAACUCCAAGCUUCCAAAGCUCUAUAUGUACUGUACACUACUACAGAGGAUGCGGGUUGUUUUCCACAAUUUGUGUUUGCAUUUAUCACUCAGGCACUUUUAAUAGGACACAAACAUUCACAGGAGGAGCAACUGAUUUACAAACACACCAUGUGUAUUUCCCAGGUUUGAUUAUUGAUUAUAACGUUUGUUAACAGAUAAACUCUGAAUGUUUUGUCCUAUUGAACACGCCCAGUGUCGAGCAACAUUCCCCCUCAUGCCCUGUUUUGUACAUCUUAAUGCAUUUGCCUCUUUAGAUUCUCUUUGCCAAUAUUUGAAUCUAUCUUCUUUUCUUCAUGCUGUUACACUCUGAGUAUUUUGCCAAUGUUACUUAUUUUUUACUUUCUGUUACAGAGCAUUUCUUGGGCUCAUAGAAACUCAGUCUGUGCUGCUGUUAUUGUACUGUACAAUACAUUAGUUACCUCUUACAUAUUUUUUGGGCUCAUUACAUUAAGGAAUAAAUGUUAAAAUGUUCCAUUAAGUGGUUACAAUGAAACAGGACCUUAUAUGUUGAUGCUGACCACAGAAUUUGUCCCAUUACUUGAAUUCUGCCAGCAAAGAUGCAUUUGUUUUCCUGAUUAUGGGUAAAUUACAACAUGAAACUGGGUUGUUGUUAUAUAGAGGAUCAUACGCAGGCAAUGCAACCUCUGCUUCAUGCAAAUUGUGUAGCAUUCACGUGCUUUGUAAGGCUGCAGUACCUUCAGAAUGUGUAAACAGUACCACUUAAUUAUUAUUUUUCCUGUCAGCAGAAACAAAUUUAUCGAGUAAUAUGAUAGGUGGAGAUUAUUUGAAACUCAUGUACCUGUUUUUUUUUUUGUUUUUUUUUUUGCCCCCCCCAAUCCGUUACUGAGCACUGAGGCUUAUUUCACGACACAUGCAACCCAUACCGGGAGAGAGAUUUUAUUCAUCUAUAUUCAUUAACCUCAUUCCAGCAACAUAUUUAUGCAAUAUGAUGUGAAUAUAUUUUUCUUGUGAAAAUGUUUGGUUUACAUUGUUUUACGUCGGUGGUAUAAAAUUGUUUUAAUGUUUAAAUUAGAGGCCAUGUUUGGAUAUCUCUCGUUUCUUUUCCUGCCUGUAAGGUUACCUCCACUUUUUCUUGACUUCACUUCUCCAGAUGCAAACAUUUACAGUUUCAAAUGACAGGGACGAGUACUGGUUCUGUUUGAGUCACUCCUAGACGAGAGUUAAUCUACCUGGCUGUUUGUUACAGCGAAUGUAACAAAGAAAAAAAAAAUUUUUUUCUUGUUUGUUUCAUCCUCAGAGGCUUUUCUAGGAGUGCAUCAAACCUCUAUGCAACAGAUGUGUUAUUUAUUCCAAGGGAAAUUAAUUCACUUUUCACUGAAACUAUGCAGAAUGCAACUUUAAUUUAAACGGACUUCAAUGUAAAGAGUUUAGCUUCUCAGGCAAUUUAACUCAGUGAGAGGGCUCAGAGCCUAGCUACAACACCCUGGUCCAUAAGAAUCAUUUAGAGAUCUAUCAUAUGAUGUGAUGGGGACCGUUUGUCUCCUGAAAAUGUGUUUUCUCUUCCUAGUUCAGCACAUGAAAGCAACAGGGUCUCACUGCCAUCCUUCUCACGACAUACUGUACCAAGGGCAGAUCAGUGCUCUCGACAAAGGCUUCAGGUGUCAUUUCUCUCUUCUCUCAGACUAUGAAUACUGGGUAUUCUCAGAGGUUGCUCUUUGAAAUUGCUGUGAUCCCCUUUGUCCUACAGUGGAAUAACAGGACAGAAAACUUCAGCGUCCGUGGUCUGACAUUCUAUUGCAAAGGAAGUACUAUGAACUCUGAAGUGAUGUUGGUCUUUACGAGCAGUACUUUCAGUAUUGAUUAGGUAAGCACUGCAUGUCGUGAAACUGCACUUGUCCUAGAAUGGUUCGAUAUGAGCUUGUGUUCUACUGUUAGUUUAUGCCUGCCUGUUUUUUACAGUUUAAAUCAAAAGGAAAAAAAAAAUGUUAAAAAACGUUGGCCUUUCUAUAUUAAUUCUAUCAGGAUUUUCUCUCAAUGUCCAUGUUUACAAAAUAAAUCCAACAAGGCCAAAUGAAUGAGCUAAACUGCUAAUGAGAACAUUCAUGCUAGCUGUGAUAUCAAUGCAUUCUGACCGGAUGGCCCCUUGGGAACGCCAUCCUCUGUUACUGGAUUAACAGAUGUACAGACCAUGAUGAAACCUGGUGAAGAAUGUGGA